AUCUGAAGAUGAUGCCUUCUUGUUAUAUGCCACUCUUCGAUCAGGCAAGCAUUGCAAGUUUGUUACUAGAGACUUCCUCCGGGAUCACAAGGCUUGUCUUUCCGACAGUCUGACGCGUCAUCUGUUCCGUAAGUGGCAGCGUGGACACCAAAUAGUGUUUUCCCCUUCUGUAGAAGGAAAGCAUAUAAAAUUUUUGCCUGCUCUCUGUUAUGACUGUGUGGUACAGACUACAGGGGAUACAUGGCAUAUCCCCUAUAAAGACACUUUUGAGGAAAAAUAUUCAUAUCGAGUACCAAGAAAAUGGCUCUGCAUUCAACAGAAAUGA